GAAAGAAAUAAAACCAAUUAUUCAGAUUCGUUAGGUCAAAAAGGACUCAAUAAAUUAACAGAAGAACUUUUAUCGCUUCGUCAAUUAAACGAUAAUACCGGCACCAUUUAAUUGCAACUAUCAAAAUAAUACUACCAACGUUUGAUGUCAAUGCAUAAACAUCAAAGCCACUGACUCAGUCCUAUUACCUGUCAUUCGUAAUUAGCGAAUGCAUCACUAAUAGCUGUCUCCAAUGGUAUUGUAACAUCACUAUUAUCAUAUACAUCUGUAUCAUCUUGUUUAGUCGUCUAGCAGCAUCGGUCGACAUCUGUGCCCCAGUGAAAACAAAUGAAACAAAAUAUUAUUUAAAGUCGACAAGAUGAAACUUUUUCUGCCGAUUAUAAUAGCUCUUUGUUCAUUAGGAAGUGUGUCGUCGUUAUUUUGUUACUGGAAUACUGGUUGCCCUUACAAAUAUCAUUCGAAUAAAACCCCGUAUAAUGCGGUACGCGGUGAUAUAAGGGAUUCUGCUAUAAAAUUAAAAGGUUGUGAAGCUGUCAGUAUUUGGGGACUACUAAGACAUGGGAAAAGAAAUCCUGGUAUACUAUUUGUGAAACAAAUGAAGGAUGCGGUCGCCAUUAGAGAUUACGUUGCCUCUAGCUACGAGAAAGGCAAUAGUUCACUCUGUGCUCAAGAUGUUGAAAAUUUACGUAACUGGAUGGACGAUAAGAAAACGUUGGAUAAACCCUUUCAACUUACCGAUGAAGGUUAUCAGGAGGCCUUAGGCAUCGGCCAAAGAUUCAAGCAAGCUUUUCCAAAAUUACUGUCGAAUCUUGAACCAAAUGAUUAUGUAUUCCGACACGCGCAUGGCAUGUGGAUAUUAGAUAGUGCUAAGGGCUUUGUCGAAGGUCUGAGUAAAAAGCAAUUGAAAAUCGAACCGCAUAGAACUGAUUUUGACAUUUUAUCUCCCUACGAUGCUUGCCCAAGGUAUCUUGAUGAGGUGAAGAACAAUCCAGAAACGUAUGCAGAAUCAGUCAAAUUCAUGAGCUCAUCAGACUAUCUGGCUGCAAAGGACAGGAUUCAAAGACGUCUCGGAAUCGAUUACCCUUUAACUGAUACCAAUAUAACAGCUCUGUACGACUUGUGUCGUUACUUUUCAUCGGGUAUCGAUACCAAAUUCAGUCCUUGGUGUGCGCUGUUCACAACCGGAGAUUUGAAAGCUAUGGAGUACAUUUCAGAUUUGAGGCAUUACUACAGGAGCGGAUAUGGAACUCCUAUGAACGAAUUAUUUGGACAAAUUACUUUGUCAGAUUUAUUAAGAAGUUUCCAGAACGUAAAAAGUGGAGGUGGAAAGAAAAUAUCUACUUACAUCACUCAUACUACUAUGAUAGACAUGGUUUAUACUGCCUUAAAGCUAUUUAAGGACGAUGCCCCACUAACGGCCGCUCGUAUGAAGCCUGACCGAAAAUGGAGAAGUAGCAAACUUGCAGUAUUUUCCACAAAUCUAAUGGUAGUUUUAAACAGGUGUAACAACGACGAUUAUAACGUUGUAUUCUAUUCGAACGAAGAACCAAUUCGCUCAAUAUGCAAGGAGGGUGUGUGUUCCUGGGAAGAAUUCGAAGGCAAGCUCUCACCGUUUUUGGAGACAACUAUAGACUUUUGUGAACCGAAUGGUCCCACUAAAUAAUCGAGAGUAAAUUAUUCCCUCAGCUUAGCACGUAGUUAUAAGAAGAAUGAAUAAUGUAUUAUGGAAAUUAAAAAUUGUUAAAAAAAUAUAUUGAUCUAUAAAUAACGAAGAUGUU